AUUAUUCAAUAAGUACAAUUUCAGUUUACGUUUGAAGACAGAUAUACUGACAGAAUGGCUAAUGCUUGAGUCAAGAGUGUUCCAAAACCUUGGUCCAGUGCAAACUAAAGUGUUGAGAUCGAUAAACUUUGUCCUUGCAUGGGGAUAGAGUAUACAGAAACGUAUUUCUACUGAUUGAAGCAUCAACUCAUCAGCAUCGCCAUGGCAACUCAAGUUGUUGAUGUAGCAGUGCAGAGCCUUGGGAAGAUGAAGGGUAACAUCGCUAGCGGAAUGGAUGACAUCCUGAGUGUAGUGGGGAAUUUAGCCGAGGGUGAAGAGUCGUUUGAUGGUGAGAAUCUGGAUGCCCUGGAGGAGAUGCUGUUAGAUUACACUUCAAUGGAGCGCACUUUGAAACAGUUCACUGCAGCAGUGUCAGAGGUCAAAGCCCAGCUCAGAGAUUCGGAUGUGAGUGUGGAAGAAUGUAAGGCACUUCUUGAAGCGGCGCACCAAGACAAGAAGAAGGAUAACUAUGACAAAGAUCUGCAGAGUCAUAGCAAGGUCCUGGAGUUCAGGAACAAACUGCAGGAGCUCAGAGAAGCUCAAGAAGAGGAAGAAGAAGAGGAUGAGGCAGGACCGUCUUCUAACGCUGACCAGUCACUCGGAGAGGAGGAGCUAGUGAUGACACAGACCGAGGUAGGAACCAAAUGUCCGUUCACCCAGCAGGAGAUGACGAACCCUGUCAGGAACACCAUCUGUGGACAUCACUAUGAAAAGCGAGGCAUUGAUGAACUGUUGUCCAAGAGAAAGCGGUUCAGAUGCCCUCUGCCAGGCUGCAACAAUAAGUCCUUCAUUGUCCAUGAACACCUGCAGCCUGAUCAGCACUUCAAGAAACUUUUGGAGAAGCAGAGGAGAGCUAACAAACGCAAGCAGGCAGAUAGUAUGUAUGUAGACUGAGUCAACAAGUAAAACUACCAGUGAAGAGAUGCCAAACUUUACCUUACUUAUGUACCAACAAGGCAUUUAUCAUCCAUUAUUAUCUGGAUUUUGAUCAGGCCUUCAAGAAACUUUUUUGAGAAGCGGAGGAGAGCUGACAAACGCAAACAGGCAGAUAGUAUGUAGAGUAGACUGAGUCAACAAGUAAAAUUAUCAGUGCCACAUAUACGCUGAUGAGAUGGCAAACUUUACCUUACUUUAGUACCCACAAGGCAUUUAUCAUUCAUGAUUAUCUGGAUUGUGAUCAGGCCUUCAAGGAACUUUUGGAGAAGCAGAGGAGAGCGAACAACGUAAGCAGGCAGUUGGAUGUAACCUGAGUGAAUGAGUAAACUUUCCAGUACUAAAGAUGAGCUAAAGAGAUACAACUCUGCAGUUGACAUUUGAUGGAGAAAGAGGAGAGAAAUGGUAAUUGAUGUUUGUGUUUAGUCAUGAGAAAUGCUAG